UAAGCUCCAUGGGUAUAUAAGCCUGCCUUGAAUUUGCUUCGGGGAGGACCUGCCUUGGGAUCCUCCCUACGCGUGUGGAAGUGUGUUACAAUAAACUACCUCUCUGUGCGGAUUGCAGCGUCUGUUCUGUUCCUUUGGCCCCUAAACGGACCCUAACACCAGAAACUUUUGAAUUCUCUGAAGAGUUCACAAACUCAGAAACUUGUGAAUACAAACUGGGUGACAACCCAGAAACCUGUGAAUGCCCUUGGGCGGUGCCGGACACUUCGGAAACUGUGAUUGGCCCCUGUGAAAAGGGGCAGGGACAGGAGACCACCAUAAAAGCCUUUGGCUGGGGCACUCUACUGAAGUUGUCUCUUAGAGAUAGUCUUCAAGGGAACUACAUUGGAGACUGCAGUGUGCAUCCUGACUUCAUCUUAGACUCUGACUCCUGGACUACUUGGUUGGGUACCAGUGGUGAAACAGCAAUCAGUGAGACUCAGCUCAGAGCUGUGGCUGGCAGAGGCACAUCUUAAGACUUCCCUGACUGCUUCCUCCUCUUCCUCUUCCUCUUCCUCUUCCUCUUCUCCUUUCUCUUCCUCUCUCCUCUCUCCCUCUUUCUGGCCACCCCCCAGCCCCAGCUGAGCAGUCCAGAGCAUCAUGGCCAACAGGAGCCCCAGCAUCCGGAUUGGAGAUGAUGCACCAGGCUACGACCUGGACUGCUUUAGCAUCCCGAAGAAUUACGCGCAAGAUCUGGAAAAGGUGUUCAUCCCUCAUGGGCUCAUCAUGGACAGGAUUGAGCGGCUGGCCCGCGACGUGCUCCAGGACAUGGGAGGCCAGCACAUCGUGGCCCUCUGUGUCCUCAAGGGGGCCUAUAAGUUCUUUUCCGACUUGCUGAAUGCCAUGGAGACCCUGAACAGGAACUCAGACCAGGCCAGUCCCAUAACGGUGGACUUCAUCCGAGUGAGCAGCUACUGCAAUGACCAGUCAACGGGCAACGUGCGAGUGCUGGGGGGAGCCGACCUCUCCAGCCUUGCUGGGAAGAACGUCCUGAUUGUGGAAGACAUCGUGGACACGGGCAGAACCAUGCAGGCUCUGCUUCCCCUGGUGGAGCAGCAUGGCCCCAGGAUGGUGAGGGUGGCCAGCCUGCUGGUGAAAAGGACCCCUCGAAGUCUGGGCUACACCCCGGACUUCUCUGGCUUUGAAAUUCCAGACAGAUACGUGGUGGGAUACGCCUUUGACUACAACGAUUACUUCAGGGACUUAAGCCAUGUCUGUACCCUCAGAGAGACUGCCAAGGACAAGUACGCCCUGGCUGUGCAGAAGCUCUGAAGGCCCCUGAGGAGGCCCGUCCCAGAGACAUCCCCAGCCCACUUGGUCCCGGGUUUCGGCUCUGGGGAGCACCUGCUUAGUAAAGCUUUUUGCAUGUACAGUACUCGCUCGUCUUGUGCGUUUUUACCUGUGAUUUUAUGUGAUUUGCACAACACAACCUCAAAGAGACAUCACUAGCCUUGGGGAGAGGCGAUGCACUUGCUGUGUUUGGCUGAUGAGGGGGAAAUGACUGAAGCCACACUGACUACUGAAUCAAUGGAAAGAGUUGAGAGAAGAGAUCAGGUUCUCCCCUCAGAAGAGGUUCCAGAGGUUCACUUUGUCAACAUUUUAUUAAAGAAAAACAACUUAAAAUGAUGUUUUAUAAUAUAAGCUUUUGAUUUAUGCUUACUGUUAUUAAAUAAAGAUUGUUUUU